GCGGUAGCGGGUUCGUGCUGCUGAGUUUUUUUUCCAGCAGCGGUCGCGGGCGAAUGAAGUUGAGCUGAAACUGCGAACACUCCAUCCCGGCACUUAGCGGCAAACUCAGCCAAGAGAGGAGGAAGCCGGUGAAAUUAAAAACAAAACAAACAAACAAAAAAGAAAGCCACUUGGUCAUGGGGAAAUCAGCUUCCAAACAAUUUGCUGAAGAAGUCUUGAAAGUGCACAAUGACUACAGGAAGAAACAUGGAGUCCCCCCAUUAAAACUCUGCAAGAAGUUAAACAGAGGAGCCCAACAGUAUGCAGAAGAACUGGCUGCCACGAGGGUCCUCAAGCACAGCUCCGAGUCUGCUAAUGGGAAUUGUGGAGAAAACCUAGCAUGGGCAUCCUAUGACCAAUCAGGAAAAGAUGUGGCUGACAGAUGGUACAGUGAAAUAAAAAAUUACAGCUUUCAAAACCCAGGGUUCUCUUCUAGGACAGGUCACUUCACAGCAAUGGUUUGGAAAAACACAAAGAAGAUGGGAGUUGGAAAAGCAUCUGCUAGUGACGGCUCAACCUUUGUGGUGGCUAGAUAUGACCCAGCUGGAAAUGUAGUAAAUCCAGGCUAUUAUGAAGAAAAUGUUCUUCCUCCAAGAAAAUAACUCUUUUUGUUUUUUUAAGGUAGUCUUAUUGCUUAAUGAGAAGUGAACCUAGAUUUGGACCUAACAGUGUUUGAAAUGAAGCCCAAUUCAAUGAAAUUUCCUGUUUGAUACUGCUGUUCAUGUCUCAUUGUGGAGGAAGCAAUUACAUGUUGCUUGAGUCAAUCUGCACAUCAAGCCCCUGUUGUUUCUGAGGGGACCUCAAUUUAUUUGAGGAUGAGUUAUAUGCAACAUUUCUAUAAAAGGGAUAAAAUGGGCAAGAUUUAUUUUUAAUUGUUUGCAUGAACUCUGUGUCAGCAUGUAAGUAAGCCCAUGUUGGAUGUCUAUUUUUUUUUUUUAAACAAACAAAUUUAUAGCUUUCUGUAAACUGAAGAUACCAGCUUGUAAUUAUAUUAUGUACUCACAACUGUCCAGUACUUUUUAAUAACUGUACCUUCAUUGUUCUGUCUCUACCUCCUGCUGUUGUGGGACCUACUCUCUGCAGAUGGAACACAUGCAAAACUUCCUGUGUGAAAGGUACAUGUGUAAAAUGUAGUGGAAUUCAGACCUGUGUGUUUUCAUUAAGAGGAUCUCACAGAACACUAAAAGGCUGCUGGCAAAACUGUGGCCAUCAAGCCAGAUGUAACUAAUGCAUGAUCUAAAAGAAACCCCUAAGAUUUUUAAAAUCCCAUUUUAGAUGCUGAUACAUAAAAUAUGUUUGAGAUGAGUGUAUUUUAAGUUCAAAGUGCAUCCUGCAGUUUACAGUAUGUAACUUGGAUUAUAAUCCAAUUGUUUACUUCUGUUGCAGAAAAAUAAGACUCUACUUUUUUGAUAUUUAUGCACAAGAAAAACUUUCUUUGAUGGUGCACUUUGGAUUUUAUUUCUCAGUAACUUAUUUUUUAUUUCCUAAGGAAUACCUUUUAAAGGUGUCAUGCUAUACAGGUAAUAACAUUCCCAAAUCAUCUCAUCUCCUUUAAUAAUGUAACAGUAGGGGUAUUCACAUUGUCAUAAUUAAGACAUGUUUGCUCUUUACUCAGAUUAUUCAAUAAUAGUACUAUUUCACAUGCUGGAUUGAUGCCUUGAAAACAAUGAAGAUUUAAUAUCCUUAACAAUAAGCCAAGCAAAAAUUCUGGGAACAAUUUUUUCUCUGAUUAAAUGUGGAUUGGACCAUUUUGGCCAGGCUCAUAUACUGUGCUUCAGUCUGGGGGUUUGUUUUCUUUGCAAAGUUUCCCUUGACUUUUGCUGAGAUUUUGUAUGCCAUAAUCUGGUUUAUGGACAGUGCCAUUACAGAAAUAGUUCUUUUUGUUUACACAGUUGUAAUAAACUGCACUCAGAUGGCUUGAUUAUAUGUCACUGUGAUGCUGUUUGUUAUAAUUUUUUGCUGUAACCAAGAAUUUGACACUUAUCAUGAACAACUGAAAAAUAAAUAUUUUUGAAUAUGAACUA